UCCAGCUGGAGCCUUCGAUGGAAGAGCGCGGAAGGUAUUUGCAUCCGGUGGUGCUUGAAGGCAGCCGGGGCCCUUGCUUUUAAACUCCCAGGGCACGUCCUCGUAUUCCCGGGUGGUUGAUGGCAUCUUGGUCAUUGGAUGUAAACGUCCCCCCCACGAGAGAUGCCCCGGCUGCCCGCCUGACCGAGCCCACACUCUCCGGGAUUGCAGAGACCCGAGGCCUCCUGGAAGGCGGAUGGCGGGAGGCCCGUGCGUUGGCACCCCUGCCCCCAGCUAGAUCGAGUGGCAGGGCGCAGGUGGCUGGAAGGCACCCGCAGAGGGAAAUCGAGCACCAUGCUCAGAAAGCUGCACUCCCUCUUUAACCCCGGCCCGCAGAGGAAGGCGGAGGUGGCCGAGAGUGCCUUCUACGACCGAGCCAGCCCCGCGGUGAGGCUGACCCUCAGCAGCUCCGUGUACGUGGUGGGGGACCACGGGGAGACGUUCAGCGAGUCCUUAAAGAAAUACAAAAGCACCGGCAGCAUGGACACCAGCCUGUACUACCUGCAGCAGGAAGGGGACCGGGCGUGGCUGUACUCCCGCACCCAGGACUGUUUGCAGUAUCUGCAGGAGCUGCUGGCCUUGCGGAAGAAGUACCUCUGCAGCCUCCAGGACCUGAAGCCGCACGGCGCCCAGGGCGUCUCCUCUACCUCCUCCAAGUCUUCCAAGAGGGCGGAAAAGGCCCCUGGCCAGUCCACCUCCCAAGAAAGAAAGAAAGCAACCGCAAAGAAAUACUCCCAGUUCAGCGCGGAUGUGGCAGAGGCCAUGGCCUUCUUUGAUUCCAUCAUUGCGGAGCUGGAUACAGAGAAGCGGCCGCGGGCUGCUGAGGCGGACCCUCCCAAUGAGGAUGUGGACUUUGACGUGGCCACCAGCUCCCGGGAGCACAGCUUGCAUUCCAACUGGAUCCUGCGGGCACCACGCCGGCACUCUGAGGACAUUGCUGGGCACACUGUGCACGUGACAGAUAGCCAGUUUCGAAGGAGCGUGGAGCGCAGGACCUUCGGCACUCAGAGGAGGCUCGAGAGGCACCCCAUUUACUUGCCCAAGGCUGUGGAAGGGGCAUUCAACACCUUGAAAUUUAAGCCCAAAGCCUGCAAAAAAGACCUGGGGAGCCCCAGACAGAUCCUCCUCAACUUCUCAGGAGAAGACACGGAAUGGGAUGCGGAGCUCUUUGGCCUGGAGUCCCUGGUGUCUCCGGGGGAGGACUACCACGAGACAGAGAACCCCAAAGGGCAGUGGCUGCUUCGAGAGAAGCUGUGGGAGCGGACAGUGCCCUGAGGCCCUUCAGGCCAUUCAGCUUGACUCAGGCUGGGUCCCUGAGAAGGUGGCUACUUUCAGGGCAGCACAGGUGUUUGGCAGAAUCAAAAAUGGAAGUCGGAACAAAGUCAAGCCCACAAGCCCAUCAGCACUGCCCGCCGGUGCCCGAUUAGUGCCAAACACACGCGCGGUCUCCCAGACAACCCGCCUUAGGAGACUCUGGAGCCAGGCUUUCCCGGCAUGGCAGGUUGGCAGGUAGUUACAGCUCGGCGGGUCUCCCAGCAGGGAGUGGGAGUAUCCAGGCUCACUCCCUGGUCUCCCCUGGCUUGUUUCAGUUCUCUGUGCAUCUGUCUGAGUGGCUUCUAACACUGUGCUCAGGACAGGAAAUGAGCCCACCCCUGGAUCUCUGGCCAAAGUUUUCAGAAAGGCGGCUCCUGUCUCUGCGGGGCUCAGGAAUACCCUGAUCACAGAGGUUGCCUUCCUUUGUGCGGAACACGGUCCCGGAAGCACCUCCUUCUGCACUAACACUUUCACGGUUCUAGACAUUUCUAGAAACAUCUGCUGGAUUACACGGAAGAUGGGGCCAGUGCCCUGGCAUUGGGAAAGAGUGUGCCAGGGCCCUGCCUUGGGACCACACUAUCUCUCCAGCCCCGAAACCCAGCUCUACUUCCCACAGGUGGUGGGCUUUCUUCUAAUUAUCGUCCAGAAUAUCCUGAUAGACGCCCAUAUGACCAGCUUAUGGCCGGCUGUGCCUCUCCCCUCCCCACUUAAGAGGAAAAUCAGCAUCCCUGAGUUCUUUUGGACUAGAAAGGAUUUGUGAUUUUCGUAACUAUCUGAAUUAGAAUUACAUCUUAAAUAUAUUCUUUGCACUUCUCACAUACUUUUUCCUGCUCGGGUUUGAGAACCACUGGUCUGGAGAACACAUUGCAUUCUGUUCAUUCCUAUUACUUCUUCUGGUGUUUUCUUACAAAGAAAGAAAUCGUCCAGUUGGUGCAUGCUCAUGAAAUGCCAGAGUGCUCUUGGGGGUAAAGGAGGGAGACAGACUAGGACAAACCAAUAAUCUAAAUUAAGCCCAAGACGCUCUAGGCUAAGGUCACUCUGAGAACUGAAUAGAGCUUUCUUUCUGCCAGGCCCAUGUAAUGAUGGUUGUAUUGUUCAGUUUUUUAUAAAGAAUGUUUUAUUUAUGUGAACUUGACUAUCUGAAUCUAAGUAUUUAAAACUCCUAUGAAAAAAAAAACUAAAAAUUAUGUGGCAUUCUUAGACAUUUUAUAUCAACACAUUUCGGAUGAAAAUAUACUGGAAACGUUUUAAUACUUGUCUUUAUU